AUGGGGGAUGGCUUCAACUGUCCGCUUGAGACUGGCUCCCUCCCAGACACACUAACAAGCCUCAUCUUUGGCUCGCACUUUGACCGUCCGAUCCCCACCGGGGUCCUUCCUUCAUCUCUCACACUCCUCCGCCUCGGCUACUGCUUCAACCAACAGAUCGCGCACGGGGCCUUACCCAACUCAUUGACCGACCUCCAGUUUGGACAUUGCUACAUUGUGAGGAUUGACGCAAACAUGCUACCGCCUUCUCUCACCCGACUCAAGUUUGGCUUCUGGUACAACUGCUUCUUCCCACCCCAUUCGUUACCGCACUCGAUCACCGAGCUGAGUGUAGGCACCAUGUACAAUCAAUUGUUGGUCACUGGCUGCCUACCCAAAUCGCUGACCUCGUUGGAGCUCGGCAAAUGCUUCAAUCAAUCGCUCGAUCAUGGUGUGUUGCCCGCAUCGCUCACCUACUUGAGUCUGUGCGACAACUUUAACAAGUCGCUGGUGUUACCAAACAAGAUGCGAACGCUACACAUCGGUGCCGCCACACAACUGCCACAUCACUUGGGCGUGCUAAAGUUGCCAGCCAGUAUGGACACUAUGAUCAUCGAUAAUUUGUGCUUGGACAAGAAGUUGCCUAACAUCCCUAUCUUGUCAUGGGCCGAGACCCAAGGUAGCGGUAGCUGCGAGAGCAGUAGGCUCAAACUACUCAAGAUGACACUGGACAACAACAGCUAUAACAAGAACUCGAUUGAAACUAUCUUGAAAGCAUUUGUACAUCUUCCCAAAGCAGAUACCACCAUGAUAUAUGUGGGCGAGGCCGCAUUCAUCAUUAUGGAUGAACAUCAACAUCACCUGUCCUACCGAUGGAUGGACGAUCAAUCAAAGACUGCCCUGUGUGUCACUAGCAAUGGUACAAUCUGGAAGUUGUUGAGUGUAUAA